UUGCUUUUGAUUUUCUCAUAUUACCUCCACUACUUUUCUGCCAAUCAGUUUAUAUCAUUUUCUUUCUCAAAUUCUUUCAAAAAUUCUACUGCAGAGUGGGUAUAGUGUGGGCCCCACACGCAAACUAGUUGGACGUACAACCAGUUGUGUAUCAACAUUUCUCUUUAUAUCUAUACAUCCACCAUUGUUUUCUCAUCUCUCUCUCUCUCUCUCUCUCUCUCUCUCUCAAAAACCAUGAAGCAUUCUCGCCAGCUUCUCCUCUCCCUCCUCCUCCUUUUCCUUCUGCCAUGCUACACAACAAGAGCUACCCGUCUCCCAACUCCAAAACAAGGGAAGGAGGAGGUGAUGGUUAAUCUAUUUUCUGAAGUGGGCCAUUCAAAAGAAAUAGAGGAAGAAGAUUCAUGGACUCUGAUGGCGAUGGAAGAUUGUGGCAAUGGAGAUGAAGAAUGCUUGAAGAGAAGGAUGACAUCCGAAGCUCACUUGGACUAUAUCUAUACACAGCAUCAUAAGCCAUAGAGAAAAAAAUGGACCAUUUCCCCUUUUCCUCGUAAUCAGGAUAAUAUCUUCUCUAGCACUAUGCGUGGACCCCCCAAAAUUCCGUUUUUAAUGCUUCUUGAUUAUCAUAUCAAACCCAGAUCCCUAGAGUCGAAGUUAUCAUGUGGAAGCUAUACUUUCUACCUGGACUUCUACUUUUGUAUGGAUGAUUACAUCUACACAGUUGUUGUUUCUUAA